CAACCUCAAUUGAAGCAUGAAAUCUGGAUGAUGGGUUUAAUUCAGGAUGCAAGACCCGCGAAAAUCCCACCAGCUCCGGAAAUGGACGAGCGCCGAUCGGGAAGAAAAAGGGAACCGCCGCUCCAUCGAUCUCCCUUCCAGCCUCCCCCCACAGUCAAGCAGAAACUUUUUGAAGCACAAGCAGCAAUUGCGAAUUGCAUUGUCUGGGGGGAUGAAUGAUGAUUUACUCCAUACUUGACUAUGACUCCUGUCAAGGCAUG